GUGGGAGGCGGGGCGACCGGGCCAGCUAGGCGCUCGGCGUUUUCCACGCGUUCCGAGCGCGAGUCGGUUGCAGUCUCUGCCGCUGUCGCUGCACAGUCUUCCCCCGGCCUCUCGCUGCCGCUGAAUUGCCAAGAUGUCGCUCUCUAACAAGCUGACUCUGGAUAAGAUGGACGUGAAGGGGAAGCGGGUCAUCAUGAGAGUGGACUUCAAUGUUCCUAUGAAGAACAACCAGAUAACAAACAACCAGAGGAUCAAGGCUGCCGUUCCAAGCAUCAGAUUCUGCUUGGACAAUGGAGCCAAGUCAGUUGUUCUUAUGAGCCACCUGGGCCGGCCUGAUGGUGUCUCCAUGCCUGACAAGUACUCCUUGCAGCCAGUUGCUGUAGAACUCAAAUCUCUGCUGGGCAAGGAUGUUUUGUUCUUGAAGGACUGCGUGGGCCCAGAAGUGGAGAAAGCUUGUGCUGACCCAGCUGCUGGGUCUGUCAUCCUGCUGGAGAACCUUCGCUUUCAUGUGGAGGAAGAAGGGAAGGGAAAAGAUGCUUCUGGGAACAAGGUUAAAGCUGAGCCAGCCAAAAUAGAAGCCUUUCGAGCUUCGCUUUCCAAGCUAGGGGAUGUCUAUGUCAAUGAUGCUUUUGGCACUGCUCACCGAGCCCAUAGCUCCAUGGUGGGAGUAAAUCUGCCAGAGAAGGCUGGAGGUUUUUUGAUGAAGAAGGAGCUGAACUACUUUGCCAAGGCCUUGGAGAGCCCAGAGCGACCAUUCCUGGCCAUCCUGGGCGGAGCUAAAGUUGCAGACAAGAUCCAGCUGAUCAGUAAUAUGCUAGACAAAGUCAAUGAAAUGAUUAUUGGUGGUGGAAUGGCCUUUACCUUCCUUAAGGUGCUCAACAACAUGGAGAUUGGCACUUCUCUGUUUGACGAAGAGGGAUCCAAGAUCAUCAAAGACCUGAUAUCCAAAGCUGAGAAGAAUGGCGUGAAGAUUACCUUGCCUGUUGACUUUGUCACUGCUGAUAAGUUUGAUGAGAAUGCCAAGACUGGCCAAGCCACUGUGGCCUCUGGCAUACCUGCUGGCUGGAUGGGCUUGGAUUGUGGUCCUGAGAGCAGCAAGAAGUAUGCUGAGGCUGUUGCUCGGGCUAAGCAGAUUGUGUGGAAUGGACCUGUGGGUGUAUUUGAAUGGGAAGCUUUUGCCCGAGGAACCAAAGCCCUCAUGGAUGAGGUGGUGAAAGCCACUUCCAGGGGCUGCAUCACCAUCAUAGGUGGUGGAGACACUGCUACUUGCUGUGCCAAAUGGAACACAGAGGAUAAAGUCAGCCAUGUGAGCACCGGAGGUGGUGCCAGUUUAGAGCUCCUGGAAGGUAAAGUCCUUCCUGGGGUGGAGGCUCUCAGCAGUGUUUAGUACUUUCCUGCCUUUUGGUUCCUGUGCAUAGCCCCUAAGUCAACUUAGUGCUUUCUGCAUCUCCACUUGGCAUUAGCUAAUAUCUUCCCCUAUGUCAAGAUUCGGCUAGUGGCCAAGAGAUGUAGUGCCAGGAACCCUUAAACAGUUGUACGGCAUCUCAGCUCACCUUUACUGCACCCUGGCUUUGCCUACAUUCUUCAAGAUCCCAUUUGAAUUUCUUAGAGAUUAAACCGUUGUGCAUUCUAGAGUGCAUAUAUUUGUAUUAUGCCUGUUAAAAGAAAGUGAGCUGUGUUAGCUUAGUUCUCUUUAUGAAGUAGCUUAUUCUGAUUAGCUUUGUCAUAGUUUCACCACUCAGCAUGGAAACAAAAUGAAAUUCCAGUUGUUGGUAAGGAGGGACAUGAAGUUGGUGAUCUAUUAAAUAAAUAAUAAAAAUAUCCAUUGAAACUGGGA